AUGAGAUUCGAAGAGGACUUCCAAAACCACACUGCCAAUGGUAUAAAGUCUGCCGAAGCAAACUUCCGCGAGAAGGUUGCCGGUCGUCAAGUACCAUGGUCAAGACAUUGUCGCUCAGGCUUCAUCACAACAGAGGAGUACGAGCUCAUUGACAAAUACGAUAAGAAGCCAGAGCCAGAGAAGAGAGCUAUCUUUUUGAAUGAGGGAGAGAGAUUGUCUAGAUUCUUUGUUGACUUUUUGAACAAGGUCGCUGAUUUGGAGACCGUUCAAUAUGUCCUAUACUUGAUCAACGAGAUCAUUAGCAUUGAACCAAAGGCAUUGGCUCAGUUUGCCAAGUUGUCAAAGGAGGACGACCCAGAGUACCCACUGAUGACAUUCUUUAGAAUGACUGGCCGUGAGGAUAACAAUGCUUACGUCAAUUUGCUCACUGGUAGAAUCAUGGGUAACUUGAUGUCGGUCACCGCGCCACAGAAGAAGGAUCUGGAGCGCUUUGUCAACUGGACACUGCCACUGCUGCGCAAGACAGAGUCCCGCGAGGUCGAGGUCGCCUUGAUCGCCCUGCAGCCAUUCUUUUUGAAAGAAGACAACAGAGUACUCUUUAUCUCUCUCAAUGGACCAGAGCACUUGACAGACAUCCUGUCAGUUCAAUCGACAUCCUCCACUCCAGUGCUCUCAUUGCUCUAUGAGGCCUUAUAUGCAUUUUGGUUGCUGUCCUACAACGAGUCGUUCGUCAAGUGGGUCUCUGGCAAGCACGUCAUCUCCAACCUCGUGUCAAUCAUCAAGGCCAUCACCAAGGAGAAGAUCGUUCGUUUGGCCAUCUCAUCCCUCAGAAACUUGCUUGGACAUGGUGACAACAAUGAAGAGAUGAUCGAGUGUGGAUUCGUCCGCAUGUUGAACUUCCUUAGCAACAAGAAGUGGGGAGAUCAAGACAUUGUCGACGAUAUCUCAACCCUGUCUGAGACAUUGUCACAGGAUAUCGCUAGAAUGAGUUCAUUCGAUAAAUAUAGAGCAGAGGUGUUGUCCAAGGAGUUGGAGUGGUCGCCAGUGCACAAGUCCGAGAAGUUCUGGAAGGAGAAUGCCGUCCGCUUCGAGGAGAACUCUCACAAUGUACUCAAGUUUUUGCACCUUAUACUACAAAAGUCCGACAAUCCUCUCCACAUUUCGAUCGCCUGUCACGACCUUGGAGAGUUUGUCCGUUUCCAUCCACGUGGAAAGAUUAUCAUCGAGACACUUGGAAUCAAGACCGACAUUAUGAAGUUGAUGACCAAUCCAAACGAGGAGGUGAAGAAGCAAGCCUUGUUUGCUCUGCAGAAGAUGAUGAUCAACAACUGGGAGUACCUUUCAUCAAAGUAA